CUGCUGCAGACGUACUUCGAAAAGGGGUGCAUACUGGAUAUUCAGGCCAGGAGAAGAACGCAAAAAGCAGUGACGUACAUUAUUCUCUGCAUGUUUACUUGGGAAAUUGUGCGUCUCCGUAUUCUGAGUCUUGGAGGAAUUGGACUGGUCUAACUCUAUGCAGGGAGCAGUAGAGCGCGGCAGUAUAGAGAGUACCUCACGAAGGGGACGUGGGAAAGUGUUAGCGGGGAACGCUGGGAAACUGCUUUCCUUUAAUCCGGCAGUGACCGUGUGUCAGAACAAUCUUGAAUCAUGAAGCUACUAACCAGAGCCGGGUCCUUCUCGAGAUUUUAUUCCCUCAAAGUUGCCCCCAAAGUUAAAGCCACAGCUGCGCCUGCAGGAGCACUGCCACAACCUCAGGAUCUUGAGUUUACCAAGUUACCAAAUGGCUUGGUGAUUGCUUCUUUGGAAAACUAUGCUCCUAUAUCAAGAAUUGGUUUGUUCAUUAAAGCAGGCAGUAGAUAUGAGGACUCCAACAAUUUAGGAACCACCCAUUUGCUGCGUCUUACAUCCAGUCUGACGACAAAAGGAGCUUCAUCUUUCAAGAUAACCCGUGGAAUUGAAGCAGUUGGUGGCAAAUUAAGUGUGACCGCAACAAGGGAAAACAUGGCUUACACUGUGGAAUGCCUGCGGGAUGAUGUUGAUAUUCUAAUGGAGUUCCUGCUCAAUGUCACCACAGCACCAGAAUUUCGUCGUUGGGAAGUAGCUAACCUUCAGCCUCAGCUAAAGAUUGACAAAGCUGUGGCCUUUCAGAAUCCGCAGACUCAUGUCAUUGAAAAUUUGCAUGCAGCAGCUUACCGGAAUGCCUUGGCUAAUCCCUUGUAUUGUCCUGACUAUAGGAUUGGAAAAGUGACAUCAGAGGAGUUACAUUACUUCAUUCAGAACCAUUUCACAAGUGCAAGAAUGGCUUUGAUUGGACUUGGUGUGAGUCAUCCUGUUCUAAAGCAAGUUGCUGAACAGUUUCUCAACAUGAGGGGUAGACUUGGUUUAUCUGGUGCAAAGGCCAAAUACCGUGGAGGUGAAAUCCGAGAACAGAAUGGAGACAGUCUUGUCCAUGCUGCUUUUGUAGCAGAAAGUGCUGUUGUGGGAAGUGCAGAGGCAAAUGCAUUUAGUGUUCUCCAGCAUGUCCUCGGUGCUGGGCCGCAUGUCAAGAGGAGCAGCAACACCACCAGCCAUCUGCACCAGGCUGUUGCCAAGGCAACUCAGCAGCCAUUUGAUGUUUCUGCAUUUAAUGCCAGUUACUCAGAUUCUGGACUCUUCGGGAUUUAUACUAUCUCCCAGGCCACAGCUGCUGGAGAUGUUAUCAAGGCUGCCUAUAAUCAAGUAAAAACAAUAGCUCAAGGAAACCUUUCCAACACAGAUGUCCAAGCUGCCAAGAACUGGCUUGACUACUUCACCCUUGGUGGAAACAGGCCCUAAAAGAGGCAGCAACAGCUGAAGUGGAUAUCACAGAAAUGAACAGACAGCAGAAGCUCUUCAGACACCCCCAAAACCUGCCAAAACUCACAGGUAAUACAAGUGAAACGAUAGCAUAAGAAGAAAAUAAACAUGAGAAUCUUGAAACUAUAAGCAUUGAACGGUAUCCUCCAUCCAAGAAGAGAACCCAGUUCAUACAAGGAAAAGGCAAAAGGAAAAGGUCAAGACUGUGACCUUUGUAACACUGUGACCCCAGCUGUGGGCAGGUGGAGUUGUCUGUGGUGACACCAACCACAGGCCUGACACCCUGGUUUCACAGAAGGCUUUUCAAGAUCCCUGGUCUUCACACUCUAGCAGCCAAAAGGUGGGUUUACAAUACGCACUGUCCCCAACUUGCCAUGGAUCAACUACAAUUUUUCAACUUGACUAUGGAGGAAAACCAUCGCAAUUUCAGCUUCCAGUCAUGCAUUUUUAGUUUGCAUUUUUAGUAGAGAUGAGGUUUAGUAGAGAUGAGUUUGGCCAGGCUGGUCUCAAACUCUUGACCUCAAGUGAUCUGCCCACCUUGGCCUCCCAAAGUGCUGGGAUUACAGGCAUGAGCCACCAAGCCCGGCCUGUAUUACUUUUAUAAUCAGAAAAGAAAUCAGGGCAGGUGCAGUGGCUCACACCUGUAAUCCCAGCACUUUGGGAGGCCGAGGCAGGAGGAUUGCCUGAGGCCAGGAGUUCAAGACCAGCCUGAGGAAUACAGCAAGACCCUGUCUCUACCAAAAAAAUAAUAAAUUAGCCAGCUGUUGUGGCAUGCGCCUAUAGUCCUAGCUACUCGGGAGGUUGAGGUGAGAGGAUUGCUUGAGCCCAGGAGGUUGAGACUGCAGUGAGUGAGCUAUGAUUGUGCCACUGCACUCCUGCCUGGGCUACAGAGUGAGUCUCUGUCUCUAAAAUAUAAAUAAAUAAUGGUUUUGGUUUUUUUUUGAGACGGAGUCUCGCUCUGUUGCCUAGGCUGGAGUGCAGUGGUGCUAUAUUGGCUCACUGAAAGCUCCGCCUCUCGGGUUCACACCAUUCUCCUGCCUCAGCCUGCCGAGGAGCUGGGUCUACAGACACCUGCCACCAUGCCCGGCUAAUUUUUUGCAUUUUUAGUAGAGACAGGGUUUCACCGUGUUAGCCAGGAUGGUCUCGAUCUCCUGACCUCAUGAUCCGCCUACCUCAGCCUCCCAAAGUGCUGGGAUUACAGGCGUGAGCCAUCGCACCCGGCAAUAAAUAAUGGUUUUAAUGUAUGAAAAAUAAAAUGACUAGGAGUAAAUACAAGAGAAUAUUAACAAUGGUUGUUUCUAGAGUUGCAAUUUGGGAAAGUUUUUUUUUUAAUUUUAUGAAUUUUCCAACCAUCUAUUCUGAGCCCAUAUUGUUUUAGAAUUCAAAAACGAAUAAAUUUCAUUUCUAAAAGUGUGUGAUACAAUUCCAUAAUCCUAGAGGACACACUAUCCGUGCCACCACAGUGCCCAGAACCCUGUCUGUUUGCAUGAGCAGAGGGUGAUGAUGCUUCAAGUUCAGUAACUGGCUGAAGUCACUGUCCACAUGGAAGCAUGAAGCAGCAAGACCCCCCCACACCCUCCUCUCCACCCCCUCACCCCCCCACCCCCGAGCCCUGGCUGCUUGUCCUGGCUCGGUGCCUCGGCUUUGCUGGGAAUGCCAAGGACUUGGAGGGAUCCUGGGUGAUUAUAAAAAGCCAAGGCAGCGGGGGCCAGUGCAAGACACUUUUAUAACUGUCAUUUUGGUUGAUUGAAAGGAAAAAUAAUGCAAUCUCAUCCUGGUAAUUUGAUACUUCAUCCAGCAUGUUGAGAAUUUCAAAUGUCCAUGACACUGAGCUUAUGAGAAUCACAUGGUUUUCAAAAAUACGGGCCGUGAAAUCCAGAGGAUCUGAGUUUGAGCCCUGACUCUGCCACCUGCUGGCUGUGUGACUCUGUGUGUUGUGUCCCUUAAUUUCUUUAAUUUUCACUUUCUUUCAAAUGCUAAUGACAUUAUUAUCUAUUCCGAGGACUAUUAUUAUCAUUAUUCUUUUUACAUGGAGUCUCACUCUGUUGCCCAGGCUGGAGCGUAGCAGUGUGAUCUUGGCUCACUGCAACCUCCACCUCCCAGGUUCAAAUGAUUCUCCUGUCUCAGCCUCCUGAGAAGCUGGGAUUAUAGGCGCGCAUCACCAGGCCCAGCUAAUUUUUGUAUUUUUAGUAGAGACGAGGUUUCACCAUUUUGGCCAGGCUGGUCUGGAACUCCUGACCUCAGGUGAUCCGCCUGCCUCGGCCUCCCAAAGUGCUGGGAUAACAGGCGUGAGCCACUGCGCCCGGCUCGCAUUGUCUGUUUUUUUAAAGCUGAUAUUUAUUGCGUGGUUACUAUGUGCUGGGCACUGUACCAGAUUUAUCCUUCAUUCUGUGCUGUAGUAUCCUGUGAGACAGGGGCUGUGUAGCUCAGAGAGUGUGGGUAAGUAAAUUACUUGCUAACACAUGGCAGAACCAGCAUUCAAACUCAGCCAGCCAGUCUCAAAGCCUAAACACUUUACCACAUCCCACAUCACCUCUCAAAGGUGUUUCAAGAAACCACCAUGGCAAUGCCCAUGAAGAGGGAUUUAUAACCUCAACCUGAUGAUAUUCAAAGUCAGAUUCACUAUAUCGGCCCCCAUACCUGCUCCAUCUGAGUUGGAAAUCUCAGUGUAUCCUUGGUACCUUAUUCUCCAACAUCCCAACACUCUCCGCCACAGUCAGUCAACAAAUCCUAUUGACUCUAUUUUGGAAAUAGCUCCCAAAUCUGAUUCUCCUCCUCAUUCCUACUGCCUAAGUUAGCUCAAUUUUGCCUCAUCUCUGACCUACACUGUGGCAAAAAACAUCUUUUCUGGGUUUUUUUUCUCCCUACUGAAAACCAUUCUCCACACUACUUCUAAAAUUAGACACACACACACACACACACACGCACGCACACACAUCCAAUGCCACUCUCCUGCUUAAAAACCUCCAUUGGGAGGCUGAGGUGGGAGGAUCGCUUGAGCUUAGGAGUUCAAGGUUACAAUGAGCUGUGAUCACACACCACUGCGCUUCAGCCUGGGCUACAGAACAAGAACCUGUCUCUGAAAAAAAAAAAAAAAACAUUAAAAAGGAAACCAUCCACUGGUUUCCUGCUAUCUAUAGAAUAAUUUAUAUAACCAAUCUUGUCGGUUCUGGGGACAAACAGAUUAUUCCUAAAUUCUCGAGAUUAUCAGCAAAAUAUGAGGAGCAGUCUUGCAGUUAAAGCUUUGUAGAUAUCUUAUUCUUUUGGGAAAAAUUCCUUGACGUGAAAUUGCUGAAUCAAAGGAUAUGCACAUUUUUAAAGGCAUUUUAUAUUAUCAAGCCAUCCUUCAAAAGUGUCAUGCCAAGUUAUACUCACCAGAAGUGUGUGUGAGGGCUGGGUAUGGUGGCUCACGCCUGUAAUCCCAGCACUUUGAGAGGCCGAGGCAGGUAAAUCACUUGAGGCCAGGAGUUCGAGAUCAGCCUGGCCAACAUGGUGAAAUCCCAUCUCUACUAAAAAUACAAAAAUUAGCAAGACGUAGUGGCGUGUGCCUGUAAUCCCAGCUACUCAGCUACUUGGCAGGCUGAGGCAUGAGAAUCGCUUGAGCCUGGGAGGCAGAGGUUGCAGUGAGCCGAGAUCACACCACUGCAGCCUGGGCAACAGAGUGAGACUCUAUCUCAAAAAAAAAAAAAGAAGAAGAGAAAAGAAAAGAAAUGUGCGUGAGUACUACAACUCAUUUAUAAAUCACAUAUUUACAUGAGGAUACCCAUGAUGUAGAAAUGUGUUCUAUUUACUUUCAAAUCAUCAAAGCUGAAAUAUUGAAAGGCAUGUGGUAGAUACCCAGCCAAUGCUUGUUGAACCUAUGAAUGAACUGAGUAAGCAGAAGAAAAAUUCUAAAGUGCCCCCUGAUCUGUGUAUGGCUCAAAUAAUAACAUCCUAACAUAACUGCUAGUAUGCCAUGUCUAUUUCAUGUGGAAUUGAUUCAACAGCAUCCCCUUGCAUACAGGGCUGAUAUUUCUGGAUGCUCCAAAAUACUGCUUCAUCCAGGAAAUAAAAUCCUUGUAUCUGGCCGGAGGUGGUACCCCAUGCCUGUAAUCCAAGCACUGUGGGAGGUCAAGGCAUGGAGAUUGCUUGAGCCCAGGAGUUCAAGGCCAGGCUAGGCACAACUUGGUGAGAUCGUGUCUCUCCAAAAAACAAACAAACAAACAAAAACUUUCAUUUUACCUAUAUUUACUGUGUAUUUAUAACCCCAACCUUAGUCUCUACA